AGCGCCGGAGGAGGAGAGGCUGGACAUGGGGGAGCCGCCGCACAGGCCCGCAACAUCGAGCUGAACGCACUGCUUCAUGUGCACAAAGACCCGGAGACACCGGAGACACCGAGGGAGGACGAGGAGCCGGCCGAGCAGAGCCACGCGAGAGGGGGACCCGAGCACUGACCCGUCCCGGAGCUCCAGGGGGGAGAGGAGGAGACACGAUUCCGCUCGACCCGAUGGACCCGACGGCAGAUGAAUGAAGACCGCCUACACUAACGCCUAUCGAUGCCUGGCCAAGGACCUGGACGCUUACGCCAUGAACACGGACAUGACAAUGGACGGCAUUGGCAGUCUGCAUGGCGGGGUGUCCGUGGGCUCCGUGGCCACUGACGCGGAGCUCAUGAGCGGCCACAGCCCGCACCACGUCCGCGGGGGCUCGGCGGGGGGACACGGGGCGGCGGCGGCAGCGGCGGCGGCGACCCUGCGGAUACACCAGGACCUGGCGAACCGCUCGGCCAUGGUGUCCGGCAUGGCCACGAUCCUGGACGGCAGCGGGGAGUACCGGCCGGAGCUGUCGCUGCCGCUGCACCACGCCAUGAGCGUCCCGUGCGACACGUCCUCUCCCGGGAUGGGGAUGAGCGGCACCUACACCACCCUGACUCCGCUGCAGCCGCUGCCCCCCAUCUCCACCGUGUCCGACAAGUUCCACCACCACCACCAUCACCACCACCACCACCAGCGGCUCUCCGGGAACGUGAGCGGGAGCUUCACCCUGAUGCGGGACGACCGGGGACUACCGGGCAUGAACAACCUCUACAACCCCUACCACAAGGACCACAUGUCCGGGAUGGGUCAGAGUCUCUCCCCGGUGCUCGGCAACGGCCUGGGCUCCAUCCACAACACCCAGCAGGGUCUCCACAACUACGGCACGGCGACGCACGGAGGCCACGACAAGAUGCUGAACUUCGACGCGCACCACACCGCCUCCAUGCUGGCCAGGGGGGACCACCACCAGCACCGAGGCCUCGGUGGCCCGACGGCCGGCAUGAUGCCCCACUUGAACGGGAUGCACCACCCGGGGCACCCGGCUGCCUCCAUGGGUCAACACCCCCACCCCCAUCUCCAGUCUCCAUCCCACGGGCCCGUGUUGGCUUCCAACCGGGACCGACCGCCCUCCUCCUCGGGGUCGCAGGGGGGGAACAGUUCGGGGCAGCUGGAAGAGGUCAACACCAAGGAGGUAGCGCAGAGGAUCACCGCGGAGCUCAAGAGGUACAGCAUCCCCCAGGCCAUCUUCGCCCAGAGGGUGCUGUGCCGCUCCCAGGGGACCCUGUCGGACCUGCUGAGGAACCCCAAACCCUGGAGUAAACUAAAGUCAGGCCGGGAGACCUUCAGGAGGAUGUCGAAGUGGCUGCAGGAGCCCGAGUUCCAGAGGAUGUCGGCCCUCAGACUCGCAGCUUGUAAACGGAAGGAGCAAGACACGGCGAAGGAUCGCAACAACACACCAAAGAAGUCGCGGCUGGUCUUUACCGACCUGCAGCGGCGCACCCUGCUGGCCAUCUUCAAGGAGAACAAGCGGCCGUCCAAAGAAAUGCAGCUGACCAUCUCACAGCAGCUGGGUCUCGAACUCACCACCGUCAGCAACUUCUUCAUGAACGCACGCCGUCGGAGCCUGGACAAAUGGACAGACGAAGGAGGCAGCCCCGGCGGCCACUCUUCGGCGUCCAGCACUUGUACCAAAGCGUGAUAAUGGAUGGCGUUGAGGGAGUGGGGGGGAGGGCAGCGGUAGGGAUGGGUCUGGGUGGGGGUGGGGGCAGCAGAGAUGCUGGAAGGGACGACGGGGGUGGAGGGCGCGGGUCGAGGUUUCGUCCGAUCAAGACGGAAAAACCAAACUUUUUACAUUUUUUUGUUUGUUUGUCUGUUUUGCUUUCGUGGAGGGGGACUCGCUGAGACGGGGGCUGCUCACUGCGACGACUUGUUUGUAGCCGAACCGCCUUUUACAAACUCAUCCAAACUCCAUCAAGAAGCCGAAAGGGUAAACUCAUCUUAAAAACACACAAACCUCACUGGGAAAGAAACCUGUGAAUCAUAGCCUCCUGUGGGACAGUGAGAUCACACACUAGCCCAAAUACCAAAGACUAGAAGACCAUGUAGGUUUUCUAUUAUGCAAUAUAAGCUAGGAACUAACCAAACAAGAAACCCAUCACAGCUUUAUGACUGCGGAAUGUGUGAGAAGCUCUGGGAUGAGAUAAAUAAAUCCUCUGAGGUGCUUAAACACUCAAAUAUUCAAAGACGACAAUGACACAUCAGAGUUCUGGGUCUGACACGGCUGAAUUCAAAAAGCUGUUUCUGCAGCCGGGCGUAAAAUCGGACUUUAGAUGAAAUCUCCCUUUUUUUAACCAAACCAAAGACAUAACAGGGGACGGAAGGGAUUUUUCAUUUAAGAGAAACUAAACCACAAUCAAGCAUCAAAGUUAGAAACUGUUCGAGGUCUUUCUGCUGUGAACCUUGUUUAAAGAUUUAACAAGGAACUGUACUUUUUAUAUUUCUGCUAAUUAACGUCCGGGUGACGGAGGAAGAAACCGUCCAGCGACUGUUUUCAUUUCACAACCACAUGUGAGAACAAAACCUGUUUCCCCCUGAGACACUGAUCUCUGAAAACAUAUAUGUUAUAAUCUAGAUGGUACAUGGAUUAUUACUCAAGUACAAACAAGACUUAAUCACCUGUGUUCAACCAAACAACAAGUUUUCUGUCACUUUACGGACAAAUCUCUUAAUUUCACCAAAGAAAAAUCAGCAUGUGAUGAUUUGACUCUUUAAAAGAGGCAGUGAGCGUUCGUCAAGUUAGGAAAUGGCAAAAUAUGCAAGCACAACCACACACACACUCAUAAACACACACACACGUACACACAUUCAUCCAGGCACAUGCAACUUUCCUCAUAAUUUGAGCCGAGACGUAGAAUUACGAGCUUACUCAGCAUUCAGUGGAUUGUUACUGUAUAAAUUAUGAAUAUAUGAAAAGUACGUGAGCACAAUCUUAAAGCACAUUUUCUUUGCAAUAGAACUGGGGCUCUCUGCCGAGUGGUCUUCACAUCGUAGAAAACUCAGGAUGCCAUUUUUUCUAAACAGCAGCUGAAAUCCAUUCGGCAUCUGUCAUUAUUAUGUACAAACACACACGUAAGACACAAAGACACACACUGUUGCUGACCAACACACACACACACACACACACACACACACACACACACACACACACACACACAAAACUUUAAAGAGUAAUUUUCCCAGAAUUCCCACCCUGACCAAAACCUCGUCAGCUAAACCAAAGCUAAGCUCCAGUUUACCCCGGCUUCAUCCAUCCAUCGUUAGCAUGUGAACUCCACUUAGCAUCUUAGCACGAGCACAACUUUUUUUCUCAUUUAGAACAAAGAUGCUAUGUAUUUGCAUUGCUAAAACAAAAUGGUGCUAUUUAAAGACAUGUUAAAAUCUCUGGUCGAAAGUUCGUGACCUGAAGCUCAAUUUGGAUUUAAAAGCAUAAUUGUUGAUGCACAAACUACAGCUCUCAUUGAGAGACAAAGCACCAGAGGCAGUUUGAAGUUACCAAAAUCGAAAAGGUUUUAUCUGUGACUCCUCCACAUUUAUGUUGCUGUAAAAAACAUAGAUUUAAUUGGAGAAACAAUGUGAAACAUGAGGAAAUCCAAAGAAAGUCAGUAGUUUGUUUUCAAUGUAAAACUCCACUACUGGCACCUUCCUCGCCCCAAACAUCUUCUUUAAACAUCUUCAGUGUUUACUGAAAAGGUUCUGAGUUCAAACCGGCUCAGAUUCAACCUUCUGGUGUAAAUCCAGCUGUAGAACUAAGAUGCUUUUUGGAGCUGCCAUCACAGAUACCCCCCCCCCCCCCCCACCCCAAGAAAACAUGGCGUCUCUCACCACAUCAGCGAAACCAGCGACCCAGCUGAGCCUGCGGAGGACGAGCUGUCCGGGCGAAUCAGGGCCUUUGUAAUAGUUAAAGAGGACAAUCUAAAGACGAUGCCUGGCAGGUCCGUCUCUCUAAAGGCUCAGCGAGCUGGGACACACGAGUUCAUGUCAGGACGCUGCAAACAAACCCUUUUGAGUCUUUGGGCGUAAACUUCAAACUGUGAGAAUUAUCAAGAUUUCUACAUCCUUGUUGAGGGAUCGAGUAUUUUUCCACUUGAUUUUGUGGAGGGAAGAGAAAUCCGACUCCGACGUGUGUUUGUUUGCAGCGUUGGAGUUCGAUGCUUGGGUCAGACGAUGGAACAAACCGUCAGGCGCGUUUCUGAAACUGCCUUUUGACCAUUUAAGUUCAACCAAGCGUCGCUCACAACCAGAUCCUGCCCCUUGAUUUUAGUUUACGUCAUAAUGUACAGCCUUUAAACAUCGUGUAAAUACUAACGAACAAGAAACCUCAGCCCCCCCCCCCUCCGUUUUAACAGCCUUCACCAAACGCAAUCACCUCAUAAAUCAUCUCUCACUCAAGCUACCAAACCAAAAAAUUAACCAAACCAAAGGAAAGGCGUCAGUCAGCAGCCCCUGCUCCGGGGAAAGCCCCGGCUGAGUCCCGACCCGCUAGCGGCGAGCCAACGGCUUCAAGAACGAUUUAAAAUAAAAAUGGACACUUGUGACUUUUUCUAUUUAUUGACAAAUCGAAACCAAAGAAAACCUUUUUCUGCACCUAACUGUUCCAACAAACGGAAAAAAACUAGCUGAAGAUGGAAGAGAAUUAUUACCAAAAAGGAAAAAUACCAAAAAAAAGAGUGUUAGCGACGAAGAGAAGGACAAAGGAUAAACGGAAGGACGACAUCACGGAAGUGGAGAAGUAGCUUUGUUGUGCCCGAUGCUGCGUCGGGCCGUCUUUAAGGGAAGCAAGUCGGUGACUGAAAAGGGUAAAACCACACGGGACGGAGGGAAAGAGCGAAUGGAGGACGACGACGGCCAUUUCCUUCCCUCUGACCCACAAACAAGGCAGAACAUUAAUGUGUCUCUCACGGAUGAAGAGUGUCUUUAACGUGUGCCUAUGCAGUUUUUCAAAGUAAAAAAAUGGUUACGAGAACAACAGAAACCUCAUCAGCUAACAAACCAAAGAUUCACCGUUAACUCCAGCAGCAGCUCGACUCCCCCCGAAAAGAGCAAACUCAACUUUGGCUAAUCCGCAGCUCGACACCAGAGAAACCCCCGGGUUAGCAUACAGGCUAAAGAAGCUUGUUUGUCCUUUAACUUUCAAGAUAGUAACAUUUCUAACGAUCCUUAAUUUAUUUUACGAGUACCUAGCUUAAUUUCCCUGUUGUUACAUUACACCAACUUCCAAGCUAAAACGUCCAGAACAUCAGAUAUUUUAAUAGUUGUUCCUCCAACAUUGAACAGUUUUGUAAGAAUCGUAAAGCUUCUCUCGCUGUCUCCGUUUGGUUUUGGUUGUUUUCUCCGCCCGUCAUCCGCCUGCUCCACAGGACAAACUCUACCUCCAACUAUCUCCAGCAGUAGCAACACGAGCUGCCAGACAACAGCAAGGAGGCAGGUUGUUCAUAUUUCCUCUUUGCGUUAAUGUUCAAGAUGAACGUUCGGUGCAAAGCCGUGGAGGAAAGAACUAGCUAGCUCCUAUUCUAAGGCUUCCAUCGUACAGUUUUUGCUGUUGUCUGGCGAGCGUCCUACUGCAGAGAGAGUGACAAUGUGACGCUAUGUGAACUGUACAGUACAUACCAAAGAUUUUCUGCUGUACAAACAGUAGCACACUGACACCUUUCAUUCCCAUUUAGUCGUCCAGAUCCAGGAUCUGCGAUCGCGAUCAAUCAGCUUAUUUUACGUUUAGAUUUUUGUUUUACUUUUCACCAAAAGCCAGACGGAAACAGCUGAAGCAGAAAUAAGCAGGAAUUUGAGAUCCUUUAAAAACUACAAAUAAUAAUGACCAGCACAUAUUUAUUAAUUGAAAUUUGAUAACAAGGAAAACACAGAUUUCCAAAUUAAAUGUUCCAAAUUCACAGAUGUGACAGACUCGGGUCUGAGGACUGAAACCAGAGAAACCUCGGCUGGUUUGUGUGGAAACGUAGAACAACACAUUCUCCAUGUUGGAGGAGGAACUCGAUGAGUGGACACGCUCACUGCCCACGUUAGCUUGUUCUUCAGGGGGGAGGAGCUACGCUGCUGCUCCAUAAGUACAACGACAAUAAUGAAACAAAAACCAAAAAAAACACUUCAUCGUCACCCGCUGAGAGAAACUGCUCGAAUAUCGGUCAAAUAGCUUUAUCCUUAGUUUUCUCUCUCUCUUUCUGUAUGUAAAGCUUUUAGUCCAAAGAAUCCUCCGCCCACCUGACCCUCCCAUCAUAUUGACCACGCCCAGCGGAGGGGCGUGGUUUGAGGUUCAGGGGGUGGCGGCCAUUUUCCAUUCCCACUUGCAGUCGUGUCUGGAUGAAACCGGCGAAAUCUGCCAAACCAGAAACAGAGAGAGAGAGGGUUCGAAUCCCGAAACCGUCCCAAAGAGGUUUUGACCACUUGUUUGUUUUUAAGUACUUAGAAAUGAUUUGCCAAUACUUAUGUGUCAACUAAUACUACCACUAUGUUUCUUCCUAGGUUUUUGCAAUAUGUGAUUUUUUGAUUUAAUGUAAUUUAUGUUUUCUUUUUAAUUGUGAAUUAAUUUAAGCGAACAAAUUUUGUUGCCAAAUCUCCCUCUGAACCCUUUCCCUGAUGAUUAGCUUUGCCAAAGUUUACAUUGUACGUUUCCUUUUCUUUCUGUUCGACCAUGUAUUUAUUUAUGAGGUGUUUUAGAACACACUAGUUUUGUACUUAAUAAUAAUUUAAUGUUAUUUAAUUAGAUGUAAUUGUUUUUUGAUGAAUAUUUAUGAGUAUUUAAGAAUGUUAGUUGCAUCAAAGAUGCAGUGCUUGUGCCAGGCCUGUUAAUUUAUUCUCUGUUAGCUUUACGUUAAAAAGCAAAUGAAAUGUGUUAUGAAUGUUUAGACUCGACGACAGGACAAUGUAGGAACUUGCGAUUAGACGCACGUUUUUCUGAAUGUCAACACUUGCUCUCACUCGUUAGCCAAUCAAUAUUCUGUAUUUGUCCUGGUAACGAUUUUUCUUUUACGAAAUGGAAACAAUCUCUUGGUGACAGAUAAUAACCGGCUGAAUGAUGAGCACUGCAUCUGUUUUCCUUUGAUUUUCCUUGUGAUUUUAUGGCUAAUUUAUUUGUCCUUUUGAUUUGAUUUUGUUUUGCGACCUGCUGACCAGUGUUGAACAAGCAAUGAGCUUCAGACUGAUGUUCACGUGACACCUGAUCAGGUGACCUGAGGGCCACACGCUGACUCACCAAAGAUAAGUGGAAUCCUCGAGAGGCCAAUAAACUGUGUGUGUUUACAUCCACGCAGCUCACACACCGGUUCACGUCUUAUUGUGAUUUACAUGAUUACAAACAACAACAUCACCUCCUUGUUGUACGCAAGAAUCAAACUGAUUUUAGCUGCACCUCAUGUCAGACAUCUUAGCGACUGACCUGGUGAAAGAGGACAUGAGAAAACAAUUUUUAUAUUCGUGUGCACGUACCAAAGAUUGUGCAUAUUUGUGUUGGAGCUGAAACAGGAUGUUAAGUUUCUGGUGCACACGUUGUUACACUCCAUGUAAACAGGAAGUCAUCAAAGACACAUUAGUGACGCUCAAACAAUCACAAUUUGCUCAUUUUGUUGAUUUAAUGGACAUUUUGAUUUGUAGGAUUUUGUUAUUUGAAUAUAAUCCGUCCAUCAGGUUCUGUGAUGUCCUCUUUAAGAUAUUUGACACAACACAUCUACACAUCACCUGAUUUCUGUGUGUGUGUGUGUGUGUGUGUGUGUGUGUGUGUGUGUGUGACUGCGUGAAUGUAAACACACAGACUUGAUUCGCUCGUCAGGAAGGAAAAGUCCCUUAAAGUUCGCUGCUUCCCAAACUGACUUGUGUGUAAAAAGUAAAAAAGAAAAACGUUCUAUUUCGAUAGUGAGAAGCAGAGAGGCUACCUCACUGACUUUCCAUUUGUCCUUUUAAUCGUGUUGAUGAAACCAAAGAAACCAAAGAUUCUUUUCCUCUUCAGUACGGUCUGCGCUCACCUCCAUGACUCUCUGCCACACUCUCCUCCUUCCCUCUCUCCUCCUUCCCUCUCUCCUCCUUCCCUCUCUCCUCCUUCCCUCCCUCUCUCGGCCUCCCGUCGUCUUUCCUCCUCGUGAAGAACACGUGUGAAGUGUGUUAGCGUCGGGUCGGAUGCUGAAUUUCAGGGAACACGGGCUGAAACACACAGAUUGAACUCUGAUCUGCACGAUGGAAUCUAUAGUUUGGACAUUUGCUUUGAAAUGAUUCAUUUAACACAAACUUUAAUUUGAAAUUUAGCCAAAUGUCAGGCAACGAAGAGACUUAAGAACUUGUAUAUUCUGGUUUCUUCUGAAGCCACGGGACCAGAACCACAAACCAGACGCUACACAAACGAUACUGAAAUUAAUUCAAUUAAAACAAUAUGCAACUAAGAUGAGUUUUCUGGGAUCAAAACUUAGAACUUUGCCCUUUUGCUUCCCUUCUUACGAGCUUGUGGCUGUAAAAUCAAAUCAGGGAAGCCAAAUGGCUGAAGGGACGAACCUGUGGCUCAAGGGUUCGGUCAGUUUUCAGUCUUCUAACCUCGGACGAGUGCCUUGCUCUAACUGAAGCAAAGUCGAGACUCUCUCUCUCUUUGUUGUGCUUCAAACGUUUUGAUCUGGUGCUUUGCAAUCAACACAAAGACUUCCAGAGGGAUUCCAGAGGGAUUCCUCUUCUGCUCCACGAUACUAGUUGUGAUCAUAAAACUAAAUUAAUCAAACACGCAUAGAAAUCAGAUUCUUUUAAUCAACAUUUAUGAAUAAUUCUUUCACAAAACAAUGAAGAUGUUGAAGGAAAAGAAACAAAAUUUCAAUAAAACAUCAGAAUGAUUUUGAAAAAUAGACGAAAUUAUAACGAGAAUAUUUCCUUGGAAUCACAGGAAAUCAUAAAACAUAAAAGGAAGCUGGAUCAUCAGAGAUCUUAAUUUACCACGACACAGUCUCUCUACCUUGUAUUUGAUUAAAUCCAGAUAAAUACGUGGAGACUCCGCCCCCCUCCCCCUUCUCCCCUCCUCCUCUUCCUCCUCUUCGUCUUCCUCCUCCUCUUCCUCCUUCAAAUGGUUGCAAAGCUUUAAAUGAUGAACCCAUGGAGACAAGCGUGUGCGCAGACCGUGCUCUUUACCGAACUGUUGCAGAUAUACCUCAUAGACACUAGUGGUAGGAUGUUAUAAUAGCGUAUGUCAUAAAUUAUUCACUUGCUCUUCUUCCUUUUUUUUUUUUUUUUCGGUAACUGUAACUUAAAAAUGAAACAAAUGUGGGAAAAAAAAGCUUUAUACAUUUUUAAGUUUUUUUUUGUAAUCGUUAAAAAGGUGCGCUAAAACCAAAAAUGAGAAAUGCUUGUCUUCUUCUAUGCUCUCUCUCUUGUUGAUGUAUUUCCUGUUUGCUCUCCGUCCUCGUGCCGUGGACGGAGAGAUUUAUGCUUUCAAAUUUUGUUUUAUAUUUUUGGGGUGUUAUUUUCCAGGGGGCGCUGUUUUCCUCAUGUGGAUAAUUGUUUUUUUGGGGGGGGGGUGGGGGGGGGGAUCGGGAACAUUGUUGGAAUGAUGCCAGAAUAAUACCGGCUUCUCUGAUCCAUCGGUUUCAUUUUAAAUCCGAGUUUCAUGCAUCGUUAUUUUAAAACCUGCCGUCAUCACAGCUUCAUUCACACACAGCCUAUAGCCCAGACCUUAUGCAUGAGUAUAUUUACGAUUAGCUAGCCGUGUAAUGCAUUGUGAUUAUUAAUCUUAUCAGUAGCUCCCUCUCAUUUCAUUUCACACUCUGUUUGCUCGACCACACAACUUUACGUUGCAUUAGUCUGACCUUUGACCUGCUGAGAUGAGACAUGGAGCAGGAAUCAGGACAUUUCCCACUGAGAUAGAAAAUCUGUCAGCGAAUGAGGACACUCGGGAUUAAUGUGAAGUUUAGAUGAAGCACAGCUCCACUGACCUGGUUCAGCUCGAGCUCCAUGUUCAUGAACACCACUUCAUCCAAACCUGAAAAUCCCAAAGAGAAACGGAGGUUAUUACGAGGUGUAUUCAAAUUAUGAAAUGAUUUUAAAAUGAAGCAGAACUUACCUGAGAUCAGAAGAAAGUCAGGUGAAUGGGAAGGUUGGUCUUACUGGGGCAGUGAAAUUAUACUCUGUCGUUUUAACCACUUUAAAGUAGAAAAGUGGAACAUUUCAGCCACUAGGGGGCAUAAAGUGACAACUUCACAUUUGAACAAUGCAAAAAGAGCGAGAGAACAAAUGAGCAAAUGAACAAAUCGAACACAGACUCCCGAUAACAAGAAGAUGAUGUCCUUACAGAGUUUCCUCUGAAUCCAGCCUCAAGAUCGUUAGUGACGGAGAAGAAAACAUCAGAUUUUACAGUUUGAUGCUAGCGUCACAUCGAGACCAAAGGCCGAAGGUAUUUUGAGUUCUAAUAGUGUUAAUAACAAACGAAGCACUUCCAUUCGUACACGUCUUCCAUCGUUGAUCUGAGUCUGAGCAUUGAACUGAUCGAUGACCCUCGAGUCGUCCAUCUUGAUUUACUUGAUUUACUCCACUAGGAGGAUUUUUAUUUACUUUUGCAAAAUCAGAAUCAGAAUCAGAAUCAGAAAGGAUUUAUUGCCAAGUAAAAACACAAAAGAUCUUUUGUGUAACAAGAUAAAUUUGCAUCAUAUUUCUGGAUCUGAUUUAAUCGUGUAUUUAAUUUGCAUUUUUCAGAACAAAAAAAACGGUUUUGAUUUGAUCAUCAGCAAUAACAACAGUGAGAGGUCAAAGGUCACAGGGUUUUUGAACAGAACGUUUUUUUAAAUUCACUCCCGAGCUGAACAUCCACCGUCAUCAAAGUGUUGAACAAAUGAUCCAAUCACAAUCUCUCCCGCCAAAAACCCAUCAAUCGUUCAUUUCCUUUCCAUUUACUGUUGGGUUUUUGUUUUUUUUACAUUUUCUUUCAUAGUUGUCGUACAGUAAUCAAGAAUCAAAUUAUGCAUUUUUAUUUUUUUACAUUUGGUUGGAACAGAAAAGAGAAGUGACUGAAAAAUUGUGGUGUGGAAUAAAAAACGAUGAUCAAACAUGAAGGAGAUCUUUGGAGAAUUAAUGUUGUUCCACUCUAUGUAUAAAAGACAGAAAAAAAAAGUCAAUAAAGAAAUCACAAUGGUCUGAUCCAUGUA